CUCUUGAAAACUGUACAAACAUUUUAUAGGGCAGGGCACAUAGCUAUACAGCUAUAUGAACGUAUGAGCCAUAAGAUAUGUUAAAACCUCCCUGCGCUUAUGACUGAAAAAACAUCUAUUUUCAUAAGUUUUUGGAUGAUAUAAUAGUUUAAAGUGAUAGGAGAAGUAAUCACAGAGAUAAUGUCAAGGAAGAUAGAGAACUUGAAUUUUCUGGUGAAGCCUGGAGAUCGAGAGAAAUUGACGGAUUAUACAGAGCGUAAAGCUGAAUGGUUUUUCUCCAGAUCCUUUGACACCGAUGGGAACCAGUUCAUAGAAUGGCGAGACUUUGAAGUAUUUGCAGAUAUUGUUACAGAAGCUACUGGCCGUAACCCAAGGGAAGAUACAGAGUUCGUGAACACAAUCCUCGCUAAAAGAAGGCCACUUUGGAAUGAAUUACUCCGCACAUGUGACAUGAACGGCGAUGGAAGGAUCUCUUUGGAAGAGUGGAAGGAUUUCUGGGGUGCUGCGGCCGACUUUGUUCACCAACAUGACUCUUUACCAGAAACUAUGAAAGUCAUAGCAAAACAUUACUUUCACUCUUUAGAUGUAAAAAAAGACGGUGUUAUCUCUCGUGAUGCAGUGCGACGGGGUUUCAUCCAAGCUGGUGGAUCAAGAAUAGACGCUGACAGACUCUACGCUCAUGCGACAAAGCGUGGGAGACAAUUCACAGAAUCUGUAUACGUUGAUAUGUUUAUGGGAAUGGUAGCGUCCAUGGACGAGGACCACCCAAGUAAAUACCUUCUUGUUGGGUUCCCAGCAAACCAAGGAGCAUCCUCAACAACAGUUGUAACUAACGAUGGUGCAGGCAGCAGUGGCAGCAUAACAACAAGUACUGAGAGCUCAGAAUACCAAUAUGGACCCAGAACAACCCCUCCUAAUACAUACAGAAUGGAUGGAGCCUACCAGUGAAAUAUUCAUUUAUGGGAGAAUGAAGAGAUUUAGGAAUGACACCAACUUUGAUUUAAACAUACAAACUGCAAAGGCAGAGUGCAAGAUCUUUAUGUUCGAGCAGUUAUAAGUGUCAAACUUGAUCUUCAAUUGAAAUCAAAGUUGAUGUUAUUCCUGCACUAGAAGAAUGAAUGAAAUAUGAUAUGAAUGAACUAAACAUCGGAAAAAUAAUAGACAGUGUACCUUCAAUCAAAUACCCCAUGCUGUACAAAAGUAUCCUCUAGAUUUAAUCAUACCAACUGUUUCCAAAUGACAUUCCAAAAGGAAAUAACGUGGGGCAGGAGUGGAAUAUAACCAGUUCUCUAAAGAUCACAUAGAGAAAAAUGAUUCAAAGGAGCUCUCCCAUGACCAUUAAAACAAAGGAGCUCUCCCAAGACCAUGACAACAACAACAAAGGAGCCUCCUCUCAUUACUAUGUUUGCAUGCAUAGAAUCAAAUAUAUUUAUGUGAC